AUGGCUCCCGCUUCCGCCACUCAGAAGCCCAAAGACCUCAAGGAGAAGGGUCUCUCCCGAGCUUCGAGCACCUCCAAGGCUGACCCUGAGAGCCCGGUUACUGAAGCCAAUGGAAGUGAGAAUGGCCACCUGAAGGAGCUUCAGAAGUCUCUCCGCAAUGCCGUUAAGAAACUAAACUCUACCGCCAAGCUCGAUGCCAUCCUCGCUGAGAACCCCGGCAAGUCCCUCGACCAACUCAUCGAGGAGAAGAAGAUCAACAACGACCAGAAGGCUCAGGCUAUGAAGAAGCCGUCUCUUCAAGCUGCCGUCAACCAGAUUGAAGAGCAGAUUGCCAUCUACAAGCAGUUCGCUGCCCAAUACGAAGAGAAGUUGGCCUCCCAGAAGGCUGAACUGUUGAAGGCGCACAAGGAGGAGCUGGAAGCUGUCCGUGGGAAUGCCAUUGCCGAUGCGACUGAGUCUAGCGCAAAGGCACUGCGCGAGCGCCUGCUCACCAUGAGUAAGUUCCUGUGCGCCGCGGCCAACCUCCGCCGCGAGGGUGAUGCUACUACUCUGGAGAGUCUUGCAUUUGAGGGUGUCCUGUUCCAGGUCUACGGUGGCUCUCAGGAUGCAGUCAAUGCAAUGGUGAAGUUGAUUGAUGGUGCCGAUGAAAAGGUCAUUGGUGUCGAGGGUGAUGCGCUUGAGUUCACCUAUGGUGACGUGAAGCAGGCCUCCAACAGAUUCGCUCCCGCCGAGGAGAUCACCGAGACUGUCCCCGAGACCACACCCGCCUCUGACCCUACCAUGGCCCACGCUGGCCUUACCGAGCUUCAGGAUGCCUCUUUCGGUGCCGAAGCCGCCCCAGCCUCCGAGAAAGAUCAGCUCGCCCCGCCUACCCAGACUCUCGUUUCCGAUGCUGCCAACACUAUUGCGGAGAAGAGCUAUGGCUCUUUUGACCAGGCCGGUGACACCGGUAAUGUCGAGCUUCCUCGCGACCCUGCCGAAACCGACACUGGCCUCCAGGCCACACCCGCCAGCGCCGAUGGCGGUUUGAACAACGGUUCUGCUGGCGCUGACGUUGCGCAAGAGAACAGUGCCAAGGGCCAAUCCAAUGGACGUCGCGGACGGGGCCCACGUCGUGAGUCAUCUCGCGGUGGUGGCCGAGGCCGAGGCGAUGGCAAACAGGCCCGUGGUCGUGGUGGUGGUCGCGGUCGUGGCGGUCGUGGACGCGGUGGCGGCAAUGGUUCGCCUGCUGAAGCCCAGCCAAAGACCAACGGUGGCACUAACUAA